CAUGGCUGGGACGCCCGCGACGUCACCCCUCGUCGUCCUCCUCCUCCGGUCUCAUCCACCCUUUAAUGGCGGCUUUUAUCCCCCCGCGACCGCGACCGCGACGACGGACGCGGCCGUGUUUGCGCCAGCGCGCCAAGCGUAGCGUUCCUCCACCUGCAUGCGGACGGAGCGAGCGAGCGAAUGGCUGGGUAGCGACGAGCCGAGGAAUCGGAAUCGCUCCCCCUCCCCCGACCUAGCGUUGCUCAAUUCCGCUCCCGCGGCAGCUUGCGCUUGCGCCCACACGUUUCUCUUGUCUUCUCCGCUCCUCCUUUUUAUUCCGCGCGGGGGAGAGGGGGGGAAUAGGGGAUAGAUUCAGCCGCUGGUUGGUGAUUGGGACGGCGCCGGUGUGGUCUCGCGGCGCGAAAAAAGGAGUGGGGACUGAGCGCUCCGAUCCGCUCUUGGCUGUGGAGCGAGCAGCUGCGCUGGGCGGACAGGGCAGGUGCCGCGGCCGCCGGUUACUUGCUUCGGGGGAGCUUCCUUUUAUUUUUCCUCUGCUGCUGUGCGUUUCUCGUUCUGGGACCAGGAGGAGGUGCUAGCGGCGAGCGAAAGGCCUUGCUUGUUUUUUUUUUUUUUUUUUGCCGGAGGAGCGUGCCUCUUUUCGUGGUUGGUGGUUGCAUAGCUCGCGGUGGAGACGAUCGGAUCUGAAUUUUGGCGGAGGAAGAAGGGGAGAGAUUUCUCAGAAUCUUAAGGUAAAUCUUUGAAGCUGAUCAUGCCAGACUCUUCUGCCAACAGAUUUGGCAAGAAAGUAGAGUUAGAAGUUCUUUCGAGCAAAGGCGACAUUGGAGAAUCAUCUUACCACAAGCAUUCCCUAUGGAUGGCACACUGGGCCAGAUCAAGCAUCAGUGCAGAACCUCAGAAUGACCAGAGCUGUACUCAACUCAAGGAAAUUGAUGAUGUUGGCUAUUCAAAGGACUGUGGGGCUUUACCUUUUGAGCUGUUGAAAGCUAGAGUAGCUGAAAGGUUGAUGGUGGGAGUGAGCCAUGGAGGUGCCUCUGCAGGAAAUACUCGGGAAUUCAGCUCUAAUAUGUGGGGCGUACAACAUGAUGUUUGCCAAGAAGUUCAAUGCAAGAAUGUUGAUCAGAUGGGUAGCUCCAUUGAAAGUUCUGUGAUGCAGAAAAAUGUGAACUUAUAUGCUGCUAAGACAGUGGUAUCAGAAAGAUAUUCUCUUCAUAAGAUUUCAGAUAUAUCGGCGGACUCUUAUAAAUUUUGUGGCACUGAAAAUCUGAGUUCUGAGUGGAGUCAUUUUCCUAUGUUUGAGAUCAACAAGAAAAUUGAUAGCAUUCUUAACCCAAGGCGGUCCGCGUUCGUCACAUCAUCUGAAAAGAUUUUUGUACCACAAAAAUCUGUGAAGAUAAAUUUGUCUACCUCUAAUGUGAUGGCAUUUUCAUCAAAGAAAUAUCAGUUUCACACACGUCAGGUAACUGAUGAGAAUGGGCAAUGCAAAUCUGCAAGAGGCAUGCUAUCUCGUCUUAAUGAUUAUACCAGUCUCAAUUCUGACCGUGCAAGGGAAAAGCUGAAAGGCCAUUUAUCGACUGAAGAAUCAUGCUCUUGUAGCAAGGAUGGAACUGACUCAUCAUGUUCGUUAGCAGACGAGCAUCAUGCAAGCCGUUAUAUCCCAAAUUCAAAUAAGUCACCUCAUUGGUCUUGCAAGAUUUCAGCAAGCAAAAUUGAAAAUCAAACUGUUGAAGGUUCUUCAUUAGAACAUAAAUUAGGAGGUUAUGGAGCAUACAAAAAACAUCAGCAAUUAGAGGGAGUUUCAUUCCGCGAGCCUUCACUGCAUAGAGAGCAUGAUAUCAAACCAGUUAAAACUACUGCCAUUACCAACGAGGAUGAUGUGGACACGAAUGGCCAUCAUGUUGUCUUUGCUAAUAUGUCACAAGGUGAUCAACACUAUAUGAAAGAACACACACUAGAUUCUGCAGUGAAUUUGACAGAAUCCUGUAAGAUACCUGAUAUAAUUGAUAGUGGAAUGAUAAGUAAGAGCAAGGAUGAAUCACUAGCUCAAGGAAAGCAAGCAGAGAACAGAUUGAUCGAUAACAAAAGAAAGGGUCCCUGCUUAUUUGAAAUGUUUACACAAACUACUAAAUCAAAUGCCAAAUGUUCAAAAGAUCCAACAUCUUCAUGGAAAUCUUGUGGUAGCAUGCCCAGUUGUUUACUGGGAGCACAGAAGCAAUUUUCAGCUAAAACCGGUUCUUUGUACAGUGAAGCUCACCAUGCAUCAAAAUCUACAGCAGGAUUUGCUUCAUCAUCAAUGCAAAAGGACCCUUGUUACCCAUCCUCUGCAAAGAAUGAACAGUUGGUGACUUCAUCAAUUAAAGGAGUAUCAAGCUGUAGUAAAAGAAAUAAAGCAGCCAAUGCGAGUGCAGAAUACCACGACUCCUAUCCAAAAGAAACUUGUGCCAAUAAUCAAGAAUGUAGCAUGUCAAAAACAUCAAGCAUGAACUUAGAUUUAGUUCUUUUUCAAAUAAGCAGACUGAGAAAUCCAAUUCCCAAUGCUUUGAAUGAGUCACCAGUAUGUCCAGAUCCAAGUGAAAAGUGGCUCAAACGCCUGCAACAUGAUACCUCAGACUCUCAUGCUCCUCGUUCUAAGAAACCAAAGGUUGGAGAUGGUCCAUUGGAGGGAGGAACAGCUACCUUGUUUAGUCAAGUGUUUGACUGUGAUAGCGACAGUACUACCAUGAUCAGUCAUGUGAAAAACAAACUAAUGUGUAAAGGAUUUAUUGAUCAACAAAGCCAAGAAGGUUCUCCCAUGUCAGCAAAGAGUUUCAAUCAUUGGAUAGGAAGAUGGUGCCGAGGAGGUACUCCUGUUUUUCAUGGAACUUCAGAUCUGGAAAGACAAGAAGCGAAGUCUGACAUGCCACCUAAUGAUCUUGAAGGUCAGUUCCCAAGUAUCGCAGCAAUGGCAAUGAUGGGGCGUGUAAUGAACAAGCUCCGGCCAUGUGAACUUCAGAAGAGGGGUCCCUCUGUAGUCUGGAGAACAGAGGGGCUGUGAACUCUGCAUAGUGCCUGUUUUAGUGGCCAUCAGCUAUCAGCUGAAAACUUCAAAUUCUGCAGGUAGGAGAUAAUUAAGUAAACGCAUUGUGUGAUUAUCGUUUUUCGAAAGGAAAAUAUGUGUGAUUUUUAUCUUUUUUUUAUAGGAUUGUAGAUUACUUGUUCAGUGAUUCUCCUUUGCCCUGUCCUGACUCCUAAGGAGCACCAUAUUUUUGUAUCCGAGAAUUCGAUGAACUGGCAUCGCACAUGAGAUGCGACCUUGCUUUUGUUGAUUUUUGCAAUCUAUUAUAUAUAUAAAGUAAUAGAAAAAGGAGACAUCAUGUUAUCUCUCAUGGCCAGACAUUUUAAGAUUAAUCGAAGGGAAGCAAGAGAAAAAAAAUCAAUCGGAAAAGGAAAAUACACGUCAAAGAGCAGGUCUUUUGGAAUAAAGAAAAGAUCAAUCGGAACAGAGCCUGUUGGAUAAAGUGCUCGUUCGGAAGCUUACGGUUGUGGGUUCGACUUCUGGGGGAAUAUGUCUAAAUUAUUUUAGUAAUAGGAAAAGGAGUCUUUUAAGAGUAAUCAAGGACAAAUAAGAGGAAAAAAAAAAGAAAGAUCAAUCCUUCGGAAGCUUGUGUUGGGGGUUCAACUCCUGGGGAAACAUGUCUAAAU